UCCCCUCUCCGCGGCACCGAAUAAUAAAGCAUUGAGAUUUUUGGGGAGCAAAGUUUGAAAAACUAAACUUUGGGGAGUGAAGUGAUAUUUUAUCCAAAAUGUUCCAAAUAAAUAUAGUUCUUCAGCCGUCAAACAAUCGGAAUCCCCCACUGCUUACUACUUUCCUGCCGGUGGGAACCCGUACAUGGCCGCCGGCGAGAGCCCUGCCCGAUGGUCAUGCAUUACUCUUCGGUGUAGUUGAAAUUAGGUUUUCGCAGAUUGUUCUGUGCUGCAGAUUGAGUUCUGCAAUUGCACAACCCUCGCUCUGAGCCAACAGAAUCGGUGCCGAAUUUUGUUGCGGGCGAGCUGAGAAGGAGCUCGGGAUCCUCUUCAAUGGCGGCUGUAUGGUUCCAGUUCGUGGACUACUGAACGGAAAUGCUUGAGGGGUCUUGCGGGGCACUUCGACCAAGUUGAGCUGAUAGAAGGUUUCAUUUUCAGGGGGGGUAAAGCUUCACUGAGCGAGAGGUGCUGGAUAAAGAUGGUGGUUUCCAGCACCAAUCCUCACAACAAGGAGAUCUCCAUAAGGAGGAGGAUAUCUAGCAUAUUCAACAAAAGAGAGGGGGAUUUCCCAUCUUUGAGAGAAUACAAUGAUUAUCUAGAGGAAGUGGAGGAAAUGACAAUCAACUUGAUUGAAGGGGUGGAUGUUCCCAUAAUUGAGGCGAAGAUUGCAAAGUAUCAGGAAGAAAAUGUUGAGCAGAUUAUGAUUAAUCGGGCUAGAAAGGCUGAAGAAUUAGCUGCAGCUCUUGCCGCAAGUAAAGGACAGCCUCUCCAAAACGACUCUGAUGGGGCUUUCAACCAAGGCUCUCAGGAUACGAACACUGGGCAACAAGGACAGUAUGCUCCCACAAUGGCUGGAGGGCAGCCCCGACCGAUGGGAAUGGGUCCACAGCCCAUGCCUCUUGGACCCAUGCCUGAUAUGCAUGCCUAUGAUGAUGAGGAGAUGAUGAAGAUUCGAGCAGAGAGAGGUAGCAGAGCUGGAGGAUGGACUGUUGAGUUCACUAAGAAGAGGGCUCUUGAAGAAGCUUUUGGAAGUCUGUGGCUCUGAUAAAACAAAUUUUCCUCACACCAUUUUUGUCUUAGUGAGUUGUGGUUCAGCUUUCAAAUUGUGAAAAUUGUGCUAGUCAAUGUUCAUUAGUUUCUUCCUUUGAUGUUCUUAUGUUAGUCACUGCCAGAGUGAAAUGCUGAGUGGAAGACAGCAAGGAACUUUGGGAACUCGAAUAUUUCAAUACUUGGGAGGAAGAGUGUAUACCCAGCAAGUAACUGCUUUUCGAGCUUACAUCAAGUGAAUCUGGAGGCUUUCUUAA